AUGAAGUUCUCCACUUUCGCGCUCGGCAUGUUUGCUGGUAUGGCAGCUUCUGCUGCUAUACCUGCUUCUGUCGUUGAUGGCAUGAACCUCUCUGACAAUGGUCUUGGUACGUUCUUACCUCUUGCGUUCGGUCUUAUCCCAAUUGAGUCUCUUUCCUCUUCUUUUCAACCUUCCAACCAAUCGUCUCAUCCUACUAACAUCUAUUUUUCUCCAACAUCAAUAGGCCUUGUCAACGCUGGUGAUCCUGUUUGCCACAAAAAUUCUGACUGCGGUCCCGGCAUUGGUUACUGUUACAAGGGCAUCUGUGUUGCCGACCCCCCCAAGGUUGAACGCGACGAUCCCAUCUGCCACAAGAACUCCGACUGCGGUCCUGGUGUGGGUUACUGCUACAAGGGAAUCUGUGUCGCCGACCCUCCCAAGCUCACUCGAGAUGAUGCUUCUAUCGUUACUUGCCAUACUAACAAAGAUUGCUUCAACGGUCUUUGCAUUGCUGGUAUUUGCCAUUGGGGCAUUGGAGAGAGUUCCGCCUCAAACACUGCGAACCAGAAUUCUGCCUCCCUUGUUCAGACUUCUGAACCUGCGGAUCCCGUUUGCCACAAGAACUCCGACUGUGGUCCUGGCGUUGGUUACUGCUAUCAUGGCAUUUGUCUUGCGGACCCUCCCAAGCUCACCUCUCGUGACGACCCCAUCUGCCACAAGAACUCCGACUGCGGUCCAGGUGUUGGUUACUGUUACCAUGGCAUCUGUGUCGCUGACCCUCCCAAGGAUGCUCGUGAAGUGUCGGCCGACCCUGUCUGCCACAAGAACUCCGACUGUGGUCCUGGCGUUGGCUACUGUUAUCAUGGCAUCUGUGUCGCUGACCCUCCCAUGCUUGCCCGUGAUGAACAGACUGAUCCCGUCUGCCACAAGAACUCCGACUGUGGUCCCGGUGUGGGUUACUGCUAUCAUGGCAUCUGUGUCGCUGGUCCUCCCGUUGUUCCUCGCGGCGAAGAAGCCGAUCCUGUGUGCCACAAGGACUCCGAUUGCGGUCCAGACAUCGUUCUCGAGCGGGCAAAGAAAGACAAAGAAGGACAAGGCGAAUGGAUGGAGUAUCUUCUCGACCAGGUCCAGAGCUUUGUGCAUCUCUUCGAAAGUAUUCCUGCUUGCUUAAGGUGUAUCCUGAUGAAACUCACAACUAAGAUGCUUCUCAAGCGUCAGUCGAAUAGUCAUGUACUUUAUGAAAGACACUGCGAUGAUGCGACCGAAAGACGACUUGAGGGUCUCGCGCCAACCCAGGAGAACUGGCAUCUGAGGGACAGCAACAACCUUCGCCCGGUGAUCAGGUAUCUUAAGGGAGAAACCACGCCAAACGGCAUUGAGCUGUUAGCCCGAACAAGCCACAGUGAAAUCAACGUCCACGACCAAUUAGCUAUUAGCUUAUUGAGGUAA